CUGUAUUUAUUUUGGGUUGGGAUUAGCAGAGGAAUACUGCACUGCCCUGUCAGCACAAGACGCAGCCGAACUGGCUCCAACCGCACCGAAUUGCGCAGCCAAUCUUGCUCCUUAGCUUAAAAAGAUGCUGCAGCAAUUGGGCCAUGUAAAACAUCACAGCCUGCGUGGGGCGCAACAAGCCUUUCCCAGCGAUGCACCCGCUCGCCGUCGUGCGCCGGUCGUUGCCGCGCGCGCAAGCGUCACGCCGACGGAGCCGGCGCCUCAGGCUCCUCAGCAGCAGCCGCCAGCUGUGCUGCUGGACGAUUCGCGAACGCAGACCUUUAUGAACUGGGCGCGGGGGCCCGCCAGCAUCCGAUUCGCCGGCGUCAAGCCCUCCACCUUUGCCGGCAUUCGCGGCCUCGCCGCAUCCAGCGACAUCGCGAACGACGCGCUCAUCGUGGAGGUGCCGCGCCACUCUGCCGUCGUGCUCGCGCCCAAGCAGCGCAACUCAUGCCCGGGCAUGGUGAACGACGAGUGGUGGAAGAACGCCCCCUGGUUCGCGAAGAUGGGCGCAAUGCUGUUGUGGCACAAGCGGCAGGGCUCACAGUCGCCGCUGGCGCCGUGGAUCGCGCAGCUGCCGGCAGAUACGGGGGUGCCGCUAAACUGGAGCGACAAGCAGCUGGCGGCGCUGCAGUACCCCUACCUGGUAGCGCAGGUCAAGGAGCAGCAGCGCGAGUGGACCGCGCUGUACGACACGCUCCGUGGCAGCGGCAUGGCGGCGGGCGCGGCGCCGCCGAGCCGUGAGGAGUUCUGGUGGGCGAUGGGCGUGGUGCGCAGCCGCACCUUCAGCGGCCCCUACAUUGGGUCCACGCUCAGCGACCGGCUGCGGCUGGCGGGACUGGUGGCGGCGCUGGUGGUGGGCAACACAGCUCUGGGCCUGGCUGACCCGCAGAAGACCCUCAGCGCCGCAAUCGCCGUGUUCCUGUUCAAUGUGCUAUACGAGGUCAUUCUGAGUCGCUCGCUCAAGCAGUACGCCAUCUGUCCCCUCAUCGACCUCUUCAACCACACCAGCGCCGCACAGAGCGAGGUGUCGUACAACUACUUUGGCGACUCGUACUCUGUGGUGGCCUCCCGGGACUUCAAGAAGGGCGAGCAGGUGUUCAUCACGUACGGAGCGCAGUCGAACGACUCGCUGAUGCAGUACUACGGAUUCGCAGAGGCCGACAACCCACAGGACACGUACGUCAUCUCCGACGUGCUGCGCUGGCUGCAGGGCUUCCGGCCGCUCCCGCCCGGCCGCGUGCAGGCGCUGCAGGGCAGCAGCCUGGGCGCCGCCUGCCUGAGCAACGUGGCUGUGCAGCGGGCGGGCUUCCCGGCGGAGGCACUGCAGGCGCUGAGGUUCCUGCUGGCGAGCGACGCCGAGGCGGCGGCGGGCGUGUCGGCCUUCGCCAAGGCCGGCAGUGCGGACGCUGAGGCGGUGCUGGCGGAGGCGCUGGCGUGUGUGGUCACCGCAGAGCUUGCGGCGGCGCCCACCACCCUGCAGGAGGACCUGGCGCAGCAGGCGGCUGGCAGCGGAGGCGGCGGUGGCGGCAAGAAGGGCGGCGCUGGGUCGGCCUCUGCGGCGGAGGCGGCGGCGUUGUCUUUCCGGAUAGAGAAGAAGAAGGUGCUAAGCGCCGUGCUCAAAAACAUGGGAGGCUGAACCGGAGGCAGGGGCCGGCUGUAAGGAUGUAGGAGAGGGCGGCUGGGGAUGUAGGAGAGGCAAUGGGACGAGUGACAACACGGUAGUCCGUCCGAUGCAGGGCGGUGUGAUGCGGUGCAGGGCGGCACGGCGCGGCGCGGUGUGCACACGUGGUGCGAUGCAUGUGGCGCGGUGCCGUACGGGUGUGGUAGCGGGUCCUGUAGAUAGACGAUGCAUCGGGCUUGAGACCAAGGGGUGGCGGCUUGGUUGGGAUUGGGAACGUAAGGGAUGCAUAGGGCGAGGGCAUAUUGAGGAUGGGUAUUGGAGGCAGGUACGUAGGUACCGUAAUAAUGGACGCUUUGGUUACUUGGGGAGGCAGCAAAUGGCCGAUGGUGCUGGUGGUGUGACAAGAAGUGAGCAGAACAAGUGCAAUUUUGGUUGUUGGUGAGCUGGCAGGACGUAACUUCAUGGCGAACCCACUGGCCCGUAAUAACACGUGCGCAAAGUGUGAGAGAAGAUCACAAUUCACAAAGUUCUCCAGAUUCGCAUGUGCUACCUCGUGCUGCAGGUGUUUCUCAAAUCGUGGUGGUGGGGAAGGACAUGUGGGGCCUGACACGAACUGAAACGCGUGCUCGUGUGUUUCAUCAAGAUCAGACAAUUCUUUUCCACGUGCACCACUGGCCGCGUGAUUGCUGGCGAGAACCCCGGGCCCACCCACAAUCC